UCACCAAAAGAUCAAAGUUGAAGGGAGCAGUGACUCCUCUUGGUCAGAUGAAGAUAGUGCAAGGAAUGGUACAGAGUGCUUACACCACAAAUUUCAAUGCUCAAGAUAGACACUGUAAUCAUGCGUCGGAAUUAUAACACUAACGUUUACGUGGGCCAUGAAAAACCUGCAUCACUCACUCCUAAGAGAUUUUACAUUCUAUACCAACAUUAUUUGGACAAAUGGACACCACACACAGCGUCACGAUGGGUCUUCACGAUGGUAUUGAUCGCUGGGUUUUCUUUACGAAUUAUUCGAAUUAUGUUGAGGCAAGGAUGGUACAUUGUCUGCUAUGCCUUGGGGAUCUACCACCUAAACCUAUUCCUUGCCUUCCUAACUCCAAAGAUUGACCCAGCAUUUGCACAGGAAGAAUCUGAUGAUGGACCAAGUCUCCCCACUAAAGCAAAUGAGGAGUUCCGUCCAUUCAUGCGACGACUUCCAGAAUUCAAGUUUUGGUACAGUGUGACCAAGUCAACUUUAAUUGCCUUCACUUGCACCUUCUUUCAGCUGUUUAAUUGUCCACGGGUCUUCUGGCCUAUCUUAGUCAUUUUGUUUUUCUCAUUGACCUUCCCUUUCUCUCCUGUGCAGCACAUGAUCAAGUACAAGUAUUUGCCGUUUUCAAUCGGCAAGCCUCGCUACCAGUCUCAAGAGAAUAGCAAACCUGCGGCCCCUCACUGACCCCACCAUACCCAGCACCCCAAGUCAAUGUGGUACCUGCCGUUCUUCCUGGGCAAGCUGCCGGACAAGUGAUAGGAGUGUGUGCUCUGCGCUACGAAACAACUGGACUUCUUUUACUCCUCUGCUGAUGCUGCGUGAUAGGAUCCCCACCUACAACUCUCUUUGAUUUUUUUUUUUUUUUUUUUUUUUUUUUUUUUUUUUUCCCCCAUCAUUGUUUGAUUCUACUCUUCUGUAUGUGUUUUUUGGGUUUGUUUAUUGGUUUUGUCACUAUUGGUUGGUGGGAGAUACGGUAGGGUACGAAUGUUAAACAAGAACAACCAAUGGUUAAGAUCUUUUUAUUUCAAUUUAUUUAUUUUUUCAUGUUAUAGAUCUUUGUUUUUACAAAGAAAUCCAGAUUUUAGAAGCGACCGUUUCUGAAGAGGAAACUAUGAGGAUAUGUAGCUAGAUGUUCAUAUAAGUUUAAAUGGAUUUAGUUUUAGCAGCACCAUGAAGCUAAACAAAAUUAUGUAAUAAGAAGAGAGAUCACUCGCGAGGAGAUUGUGUCGUCAGAUGGCUAGGUUUGGCUGUAGUGCAUAAGUGAUUUGGCUCUUAGCACUGACGUGUCUUUUGUUUCAUUGUUACUACCCUUUGUUUAGACGACUUUAUUUCAUUGCUGUUCAUCUUACCGAGUGUGUUUAUUCAGGGCUAAUAUUUUCCACUCAUAAAGUGAGAGCAAUGGAGCUUCUGCACUAGGUCAUUCCAUUGUUUUUCCCUCUCCAGGAAAUUCUUGUGCAAAUAUCCUCCCAAAAGUUUGUAAUGUAAACACACUACCCUUAUUGUUUCUUCCUGCACUCGCAUUGUUACAAGCAUUAAGAUGCUAUAUUACAUAGCAAUUACUCCAGUUUGAUUUAUACAAGUGUGAUGUAUGAAUGUCUGUAAUGUAUGUAUGUAUGUAUUAUUCACUCCUUUUUUUUCCCCACACAUCCCAAAAAGUCUUCAGUGCAAAGUCCAGUUUCAUGUAUCUGCUGCCUGUGGUUUAUAUAAUAGUAUGGCCAUGUGCUCUUUCAACGGAGAAACGAGUGAGGGGUUUUUCUUUUGAGGAAUCCCAUACAAGAUCAUCAGUUUUGUUGACUGAGUAUACUGAGAUUCUUUUUACAUUGCAUCUUUUCUCUUGGCAAAGCUGUUAGUGACGUAAGAAGAGUUCAGUGCCAUCUUUUGCCAUUAUGGAAAAUUAUCUCUAUCCUUUAUUGGCAUUAUUUAUUGUCAUCCAAUUAGGAGUGAUAUUCUUAUUACGAUCUUUUCUGUUUCUUUCACUGCUACUGUCACCAUUAUCCUCAGUAUAUAAGAUGUGCAGUUUUUUCCCCUACUGGUUUUGAUAAUUAUUUUUGUUAAUAUUAUUGUUACCACUGAACCAUUGCAUCUCACUGUAAGCAGCAACCAUUCUACUGAAAAUCACUCGCCCAUUUGUUUUCUCACACUGUUCAUUGGUUUAUUAUUAUUGUUAUUAGUAUUCCUAUGUUAUUAGUAGUCCCGUUCUCUAUAUAUUAUCGUUAAUUAAUCAGGCUACUGAUUAAAGUUAUAAUAUUUUCUGGUAAUAACUUCUUUUUUUUUCCUCUCCCUGUCUGUUCUUUUUGUUUUUUGUUUUUGUUUUCUUAAGAGGUUUUUAAAGACACAGCACUACAAAGCCUUCAUGUAAGCCAGAUGUCAGAAGCUAUAUCUGUGUGCAAGGUUGUGUAUGUAGAUGAAAAUAUCCACAAAUUAUUUUCAUUUAGAGUUCAAAUUAGGGCAGUGCUGAACAUUUUUGACACAUUCCUCUGCCAUCUGCCUCUUACAGUCACUCAUGCCAUGCGAUUGCUGGAGAAUAACUGCAAUUUUGUACAGCAGGAAUACAAAGGUGGAUGAUGUAUUUUGGCUUGUAUGCUCUUCUUUUUUUGCCACCUCUGUUUCUUUGUAUUCUUAUUGUUAUAAUUUUGGUUAUUGGUAUUAUUUUUUAUUUUUAUUAUUUGACAAUGAUAAUAGUAAUAAUGAUGAUAAGGAUAACAGUAAUAGUAAUAAUGAAAAUAUUGUUAUUUUUAUUAUUAUUGUUAUUCCUAUUAUAUUUUCAUUAUCAUUAUUAUUGUGAUGAUGAACAUCAUCAUUGCAAUUAUUGUCAUCAUUAUUGUUUAUUGUCAUUAUAGUUAUUUUUCCUGUUUGUAUUUCUUUUCCUGUUCCUCUUACUAUUCUCCUGCUUCCCCCUCCCACAUGUCCUCCUCCCUCUUCACCGUAUCCUUGUAGCUUAACAUUUUCAUGGAUGGUGAGGGCAGCCCAUGUCCGGGGAUAGUAAGGGACGCGGGAGUGGAAUAACACAUAUUAUUAUCUAGGAGUGUACGCAGCCACAGGAGAGACUAAGCACACAUCUGUCCCUUGGGUUACAGCCAGGGCAAGUCAGUUGGAAUGCCAGGUGUUAUUUAUGUUGUAAUGAUGAUAAAGAUAUUGAAAAAAGAAAAAGAAAAAAAUAUGUAUUGGGUACUGUGUUACUAAAGUGAGGGUGGACGAGUUGAUGAAAGGUUAUGUCAGUCAUGCAAGGUAUUCAGUGAAUGCCUUUAUUAUGGAUGUGAUUCACAUUAUUAUUUAUAAGAUUAUAUGCUUUUUACUGAACGAUAAUUGAAGCGAGAGAGAAGAAUAAAGAGACUUUCUUUCACAUUAUUAUUUUCAUUAGAUCCCAGACUUAUUUUAUCUUUGGUAAUUAUAUUUAAUUAUUUUGAUUUUUGAGAUUUUUUUUCUUUGUGCAAGCACUGUUGUCAAAAAAGCAUGAAGGAAUCUUUGAUGAUCUGUAACAAAUAGAUAUAGAUUAUGUACAAUAUAUGUAUGUGUGUAUGUGCAUCUCAUUUCCUUUAAGAAUGUUUUGUAGCAUAGUUCAGGGUUAUAGCAGUUGGUGGUUCAAUAAUUUUCUCUCCUUCAUUGUUGCAUUUGUGCUACCUCAGCACUGCCCAGGACAUGUUUAAAAAGAGACUUAGGGACUUUCUUAACGACACCAUCAGACUUCAUUUCAUUAUAUUUACAAGGCUUACUGUAUAAUUUUCUCUUGUUAUUACUAGACGCAUUUAUGAGGUGUACUGUGCUGCAUGUGUUUCUCCUUUCCAAGAUUAACUUAAUUAAAUGAAAAAAAUGUGCUCCUUUUUUCCCAAAGAAUUUUCUCUUUGCUUUAACUGAAUGGAAUGAAUGUUGUGACAUGCAAGGUUGCUGUCUUUCCUUCAAAGGCAAGGAGAAGGAUAAAGCUGAUGAAAUUAUUGCAAAUUAGAAAGUACCAUUGUGGUAAUAUUUUUUAUACUUGUUUAUUACUACAUGCCAAUAUACUUAACCAUAAUAUCACCUCUUCGCCCUAUUUCGUUUCAUUGUUAUUAGUUGUGCUGAUAAAAUUGUGCAAUGUUCUUUUUUUUCUAUUUCGUUAAUUUGUGUACAUAUGUAUUGUGUGAAUGAGGCAUUCCAAUUUAAAAUGUGUAUUUAAUGUAACCUUUUUACUUGGUAUCUUUGUACAGUCAUGUCAGGAAAUAGAUUAAACAGUAUUUUGAUUGA